CCAGGCACUUUGCUGGCUGCAAGUGAAGGGCAGAGGGAUCUUCUGCACCUCUCUGCCCACUGAGCUGUCUACAGUUGGCAAUCUACCAGUCAAAAAUGCCAACUGCCAGGAACAGGAAGCGGGGAAGCCGAUAAUCAGUGAACGUGAAACGAGUCGACAUUGUUUGGAACGGCAGCACUGGGUCAGAACGACAUAGAGCAGAAUUUCUGAGCAGCGAAUGUUACACUGGAGACUGGAUUAUAACUAAUUUCUGCCUGCACCCUCCCUCUUCCAGGAUGCUAUCUAACAUGCCAACAGCAUACAGAGGCUUCUGCAAAAUCUCACUCUCAGCCUUGCUGUUUUCCAGCAGAACUAAAGCAAUGAGGAUCCUUUGGUUCAUUUUAAUUUUCAUCUCUCUGGCUACUCACGGAAAUGCUCAUGGACCAGAUAGCUGUAACCACGAAGGGGGCUUGUGCAGAGUUGGAAACUGCGUUGCUGGUGAAUAUCUGGCUAGUUACUGCUUUGAACCUAUCAUUCUGUGUUGUAAAAGUUUGUCACUGACUACUGCAAAGAGCUGAAGAUUUCCGAAGGAGCAAACUGCAGCACAUGGGAUCUGCAGACUCCUCUAAGAAGGAACAGGCUGCAACUGAAUUUAUCUCUUGAGAAGGAAUGUUUUGUCUUUCUAUGACUGUUGCUCCCCUGGGACAACUUUUGCUCCAAUCAUCAGAGGCUGUGGAUUUACUGAUGGACUUUUGAACAUGUUGCUUUUUGCUUUUGUUGUGACUUUCUAGAAGAUGCUGCAACAGGAAGAAAUUGGGGCCUUCCAUUAGCUUAUGUAUUGCCCCUUUUGGCACUUGUUA